UCUGCCAGAAUGUUCCUUCUGCUGGCAGCCCUCCACAUCUUGGCUGGAGCCCGGGCGCAGAGCCCGGUGGAUGACGAUCACAGAAUCAUCGGCGGCUAUGAGUGCAACAAGAACUCGCAGCCGUGGCAGGCGGCGCUGCUGGCCGGCCCGGGGCGGCGUUUCCUGUGUGGAGGGUCCCUGCUCUCCGACAAGUGGGUCCUCACUGCUGCCCACUGUGCUCGCCCGAUCCUUCAUGUGGCCCUGGGCAAGCACAACCUGAGGCGGUGGGAGGCCACGCAGCAGAUCCGGCGCGUGGUUCGCCAGGUGCCGCACCCCCAGUACAAUCCCCGCACCCACGACAACGACCUCAUGCUGCUGCAGCUGCAGCGGGCCGUGCCACUGGGGAGAGCCGUGCGGCCCAUCGCACUGGCCUCCGCCUGCGCCAGCCCCGGGACACCCUGCCGGGUGUCGGGCUGGGGGACCACCUCCAGCCCUAUCGCCAAUUUCCCCCCAACCCUGCGCUGUGCGGACAUCAGUGUCUUUCCGGAGCAGACCUGCCGCCAGGCCUAUUCUGGAGCUAUCACGCCCAACAUGGUGUGUGCUGGCGUCCCCCAGGGCGGGAAGGACUCUUGCCAGGGUGACUCCGGGGGACCCCUGGUGUGUGGCGGACAGCUCCAGGGCCUCGUGUCCUGGGGGAUGGAGCGCUGCGCCAUGCGUGGCUACCCUGGGGUCUAUACCAACCUGUGCAAGCACAUUGGCUGGAUCCAGACCACCCUUCGAGGCCCUUGA